CCAGCAGAAAAGCGAUCAAAAAAUGCAUACGGUGCACGUGGCCGAGGCAAAAAGACGUGAUAAUACGGUCUAAAGCCAGAAAAAUCGAACGUAGGAAAGAAAAGAAAAUACGGGCAACCAAGCAAAUCCCACAAAAAAAAAGAGAAAAAACUCCCCACACAGUACACACACACAUUAUAUACAUUAUCAUAUAUUCCUUUGAGAACGAGUGUUUCCAAUGGAUGACCGUUCUUUCAGCAUACGUGUACUUUAGUGUGACGUUCUUGGUUUUGCAUUCUAUUAUCAAACAUCAUAUGGAUCGCCCAUCGGCUGCCGUAACGUUACAGGUAGUACAGAGCAUGGUUACUCUGUUGUGGAGCCUAGCAGGAAAUUGCUACAGAAAUAGAAAGGCCAUUGACCUUUUCGGGCCUAGGUCUGCAACGUGUCUUGUAUGUUUUAUCUCGUUGUGAACGGCCUUGAAAACUGGGAUAUGAAAGGUUUGCUCAACUUCUCGCUGUUUCCUUUGUGCAGAAAGAACGGCGGUCUGAAAGAUUAUCAUCGACUUUUACUUGAUGGUUUUGAUUAGCUUUCACAGAGCAUGAAAAGGCCUUCGCAGCAAUGGUGGGGCUAGCAAUUGAAACCUAUCUGUGUCAAAUGGUCGUUUUAGACCUUUAUCGUCAAUAACAACUAAAUUACGGCGCCGUACCUGUGAGAAUGAAUAGUAGAAUACGAACGACAGCUGGGAUACCAUGUGUUUUUCAUAUAGGGGGCAAAAGAACAGUAGUUGGCAUGUGGCAACGGUCACUGAUACAUUUCGAUGAGCAAUAAUCGAUAUAGGA